GGGAGGAACAGUUGGUAAUUUCCACAUGCAGUGAGUGUGUCAUAAUGCGGAUUGUGGUAGGACCAAAGUGUAGAGAAGUACUCCAGGGAUGCAGAGAGUGAAGAAAAGGAAGUCCCUUACAUCAGAUGUGACAAUGAACCUUUAGGCCAUGGUUAUUUUAUGGAAAUAAGGGGGAAGUGAAACAACACAUCCAUUUUAUGCUUUACCCGACACAAGCAAAACCAACAACGGAUAAUGGACUACAACCAUUAUGGAACAACGGCGACAUAAAUCUUGGACUAGAACAAGCAUGGCUACCACAGGAAGUUUGUCAUCAAACCUCAUUCUUGGACUUCUCUGUCUACUGCUUUAUAUUAACCCCUUAGUGCCUUACUCACUGAAAAACUGCACAUUAGUUUAUCAAGCAAAUCUCUCUACUGCUGUUUCCCUGGACUGUACAAAUAGGAAACUUGUAACUGUCCCUGAUGACAUCCCUAAAGAUGCUUUUUCAGUACAACUUGGAGGCAAUCUCAUUCAGAGAAUUAACCAAAGCGAUUUUUGUGAUAUGUCAAAGAUGGAAAUUCUGAAUCUUGAGUCCAAUAGAAUUGCUUAUGUGGAUGAUGGAUCUUUCACUGAUCUGGUGUCAUUAAAAGUCCUCUGCAUGAGAAAAAACAUACUUACCAACUUGACGAGCAACGUCUUUCAGGGGCUGUCCAACCUUGCUGUCCUUGACCUCUUUUCAAACAAUAUCCAGUUCAUUCAUGACUCAGCUUUUCAGUUUCUGAUCAACUUAGAAACUGUGGAUUUAGGUGGAAAUAUGCUCCAACGAACUGGUGAAAUUCCACCCAUCCUACAACUACCACACAUUCGCACCCUUAGUCUUUUUUACAAUCGAUUUUACUCUUUUGAAACAAAAGAUCUUCCUCAAAAUUUUUCUUCAGGUCUUAAAGAGUUGUAUAUUUCUGGCUUUAACCUUAGAAGUUUCAGCAUCACAACACCAAUCUUUCCUUACCUCCAUAAACUACACCUUUCCAUGUCUGCAGUGGAUGAUGACCAAUGGGAUAUACCUGACAAAGCAUUACUUAAAAAUUUUACAGAGCUGCAUCUUUAUAGACCUCUGUUUUCCAUUGAGGAGACUCAAAAAGUUCUGCAGAGUUUCGACUCGCUGUCUCACCUAAAACUGAAUGUAUUUUUUAGGUGGAUUAAGAAUGGAGUGUUGUCUACUGCCUGUAAAAUACCAACACUAAGAAGGCUAGAUUUGUCCAACACUGAUUUUGACAAUGAUACUCUUAGACUUGCACCAUGCUCUCAGGUCACAGAGCUUGACAUUUCCAUUUGUCUAAUUAGUGAGCUGCCAAAAGGUUUAAUGGACUCAAUGAAGGGACUGCGGUCCCUGAAUGUGAGCUACAACCAACUCACCAAGAUCCCACAUGACAUCAGGAGUCUCUCCUCUCUUGAGAUCUUGAUUAUGAAUGACAAUAUUAUUUCCCAACUUGGAUGUGAGGAUUUUGUGAAGACAACACGUCUUACAGAACUAUAUCUAAAUGGUAACCGCAUUGCCGGACUGAAAAGAUGUGUCAUGGAAAAUCUUAUCAGCUUAAAGCUUUUAAAUCUGAGUGGCAAUCUGCUAGCGACAUUCAGAGCCACCAUCAAAACUGGCCUGCAGAAGCUUGAGGUCUUGGAUAUAAGUCACAACUUUAUAAAAAUUCUUGAAAAUUAUGAUUUACGAGGCUUAAGGUAUCUCAAACAUUUAAAUGUGACAUCAUAUUUUAUGCAAACUGUAAAAUAUAAAACAUUCUUUGGACUAAAGAACCUUAAAUCCCUUUCUGGGUCAUUUCCAGCGGGUGAAAUUAAUCUAAAAAAUUUACCGAAUUUAGAAAAUAUUCAAAUCAACUUCAAUUAUGGUGGACCUUUCAACAUUUCUUACUCAAAAAAAUAUGGAGAUUCCAUACAGAUAAAAUCAUUGAAAGGUCUCUCAGUGGCUUGCAGGUAUGAUCACCAGGGUAUGUUUUUUUACUUGACAGAAAGACUUCUUUCUGACAUGAAAAAUCUGGAAUUUUUCAAAGCUGAGAAUAUUUAUUUGAUGGCUCCAUAUUCAAACACGUUUCAGUUCAAUUACAAGCUGAAGACUCUGAUUUUUGCAGAGACAGAUUUGUCAGAGUUACAUUCCAAACUGUUUCUACCAAUCCCAAACCUGGAGAGUCUUGAUCUCUCUCAGUCUCAGCUGAAGUCAUUGGAUUUUCUUGCGCGGGCCAAUCUCUCUGCACUCAGAUAUCUGAAGCUGACCAGCAAUGAGAUAAAUGUGAUUAACGAGACAGUGUUCCAAACUCUUCCCUCACUAACAUACUUGGACCUGGACAAGAAUCCAUUCACCUGUGAAUGCUCAAAUUCAGAUUUUAUCCAAUGGGCAAAGAACAACAAACAAACACAGGUGGUAAACGCUCAUCAGUAUGUAUGUUCCUUUCCUGUGUCCAAACGAGGAAGCUUGUUACUGGACUUUGAUGUCCAGUCCUGUUGGGAUGAUGGCAGGGUUUUCUACUUCAUUUCCAGCACUUGUCUGGUGGUUCUUACUCUCCUUACAUCCUUCACCUAUAACUUCCUGAGGUGGUAUCUCAUCUACACAUUCCACCUCUUCCUGGCCUUUCUCUAUGACAGCAGGAAGAAGAGGAAGGGAGACCCAUAUCAGUUUGAUGCCUUUGUGUCCUACAACGUCCAUGAUGAGGACUGGGUUUACAGAGAGAUGCUUCCAGUACUGGAGGGACAGCAGGGCUGGAGACUCUGUCUGCACCACAGAGACUUCCAACCAGGUAAACCCAUCAUAGAGAACAUCACUGAUGCCAUUUAUGGCAGCAGGAAGACCAUCUGUGUGAUCAGCCGCAGCUACCUGCAGAGUGAAUGGUGCUCAAGAGAGAUCCAGAUGGCCAGCUAUCGUCUGUUUGAUGAGCAGAAGGACGUGUUAAUCCUUCUGUUUUUGGAGGAGAUCCCCACUCAUCAUCUUUCUCCAUACCACCGCAUGAGGAAGCUGGUAAAGAAGCGCACCUAUCUGAGCUGGCCUCAGGCUGCACAACACCCAGGAGUCUUCUGGCAGAACGUCCAGCGAGCUCUGCAGAGGGGACGCUGUGAACACAGACCUGCUGACUGGACCAACGGGACGCUGAGAGAAGUCUCAGAGCUCUAAGGGCAGUAAAGGUUGAAUAUAGGAAAAGUUGUAAUAAGAAAUAAAAUGUAUAAAACAAUAACACUUUUUAAAAUAAUAUGAAUGCUUAAAGACAAUGGAGCCAUGAAGAUUCACAUCUUAGACUUGUUGCACACCAACACAACAUGAAGAAUUAUGGCUGCUUUCAUAGUCACAUGAAGCUGUCAUUGUUUCUUUAAAAAUAAGAACAAAGAUCCCAUCCUUAGAGUCUCUGUCUCUGGAGAUCAUGUAUCUAUCUAUCUAUCUAUCUAUCUAUCUAUCUAUCUAUCUAUCUAUCUAUCUAUCUAUC